AUGGAGACUAAGACAAUUUUUUGGCAUUUUUCAUAAUCAUCACUUUAGUAUUAUGUGUAUCCAAUUUUGGGUCAAGAAGAUGUUGACGAUGCACCAUUGGUCAAUUCUGGUCGCGAAUUUGAUACAUUGGGUGUGAUAUCGCCGGCUUCGGAAGAUUACAAUAAAUAUAUACUAGAAAACCUUCCUCCAAAAUACAAAACGUAUCUUGAAACCUGUAUGGGCAAGAUGGAGUCCAGUAAUGUUGGGAAAUGUGGUGAAGAUGUUAUUAAAGAGAUUCUUACAAAUGAACUUGUUUCAAGAGACUGUUGUCAGAAGGUAGUAAGAGCGGGAAAAGAAUGUCACUUGGAGAUUAGUAAGUUGAUGUUUCGAUUGUAUCAACUCAAACGCUUUGCUUCUCAAGUUUCUUACAAAAUUAACGAGGUUUGGAAUAGAUGUUCUGCAGAAGUUGAAAGUCCUUCAUCAUCUCAUGAUGACGCGAUUUAG